AUGGCUUCUCCGACUGCUCCCGCCUCCUUGUGGAGCCGGAAACGCGACUUGAUCUACUUCUCCUUCUUUGCUAUCCAUGUCCCCAUCAUUUUUCUGGUCGACGCAGCCCCGAUCCUCCCCACCGCCCUCCAAUCCAACCUUUCCCACACCCUCCGACAGUUCUACAUUGAUACGUACCAUGACAAGUUCUUCGAGGAGCCACCCGCCCCCUGGUUUUACUUCUUCAUACUUAUGGAGCUGUUCUACCAUGUGCCCGUAAGCGUCUGGGCACUUGGCGGCCUGAAGAGAGAUGACCCUCUUGUCCCCCUCCACCUCCUCAUUUUUGGUCUUCAGGCCUUCCUCACCUCCACAGUCUGUCUGGUCGAGGUCUGGAGUUGGGCAGAUCGCUCUGUAGCCCAAAAGCAGAACAUCAGCAUGCUAUAUGGGCCUUAUGUUGCUCUUGGUGCAUUCAUGGCACUGGAUAUGUUCUUUAGACUUCGGACAAGACUCCUAGUCAAGUCCAAGAAGGAGUAA